UUGUAAAUGGCUCUUUAUCGCUGACAACGCUUGCGAUAAUUUCCAAAAACAUCGUGGCGAUAUCACCUGUCGGAUAAAUAUUGAUAGAGUAAGAACGUUCGUAACUUAUUUACGAGAAGCUCACCGGUGCACGUGUUAUACACGUCAGCGUAAGAUAGAGUAAUUACACAAUACGCGUUUAUGGUUAUCGAAGUAUUGUAAUUAGUGGGAUAAGAAUUAAAUUAAAUAAUGGUGAUGAAGCGAAAUGACGCAUUAAGCUUUCGUCGCCACAGUUGCUCGGCGACUUUGGCAUGCAAAUGAGUACUUGAAAUAAUCCCAAGGGAGUAAAAAUGCUCGUUCGUUCGCGAGUUAUUGCAGUUUCCUUUUGCUGCCUAUCACUGACGUUCCAGCAUGGCAGCAUGAAAAUUCAGACAAAAAUCGUAAAUGGAGUCGAAAGACCAAUCACCGAGAUGCCGUACAUGGUAUCCCUCAGAAUAAACGGGAGACACAUAUGUGGCGGUGGUAUACUGAAUGAGAAAUGGGGAAUAACAGCCGCUCAUUGUAUUGAAAGAUACCAGGAAGAAAAAAUCGAACAGGAAGAUCCACCAACCCUUAGCGUACAAAGCGGCAGCACCAAACUAUACCAAGGAGGAACGCAGCAUGACGUCUCUAGAUUUGUCAUAUACAACAAAUACGACAGCUCAACAACGGAUUACGACAUUGCAUUGUUUAAAAUCAGGGGGAGCUUUAAAUUUAGUAAUACUACGCGUUCCUUGAUUUUGCCUGGUUUUAUACCGUACGACGAUUCUUGGGGCACAGCCGGUGGAUGGGGUACCUCCAGCCCUGACGACGAUUCUUUCGCGGAAAAUUUGGAAUCCAUUACCCUGCCGAAAGUUAAUAAAGAGGAUUGUUACAACAGUUACGGACGUUAUGCUUGCGCUGUUAAAUCCAAAGUUACUCCGCGUAACGUGUGUUACGGUUUCUGGGAAGGCGGUGCUGACACUUGUCGAGGCGAUUCCGGUGGCCCACUAGUCACUUUUAAUGAUGUACUUCUGGGAAUAACUUCCUGGGGCCUCGGAUGCGCUCGACCCAAGUUCCCUGGACUUUAUACGGACGUCUCACAAUUCGUUGAAUGGAUUGUAAAAAACAUACAAACAUAGUUCCAGUAAUACGCUUCA